AUGAAGGCCGUCGUAGCUCUUUCUCUCUUUUCGCUCACUCUGGCUCUCCCGGCGGUGACGCUGUCCGAGGAAAUUAGCAGCGAAAUGAUCGACAGCGCCGAGAUGCUCGAACUGGAGGAUGUGUCUGUUCAGGAAACCCAGGAUCUGUCAGAAGAAUCUAGCACCGCUCCCAUGCGUUUUCUCGAAGAAGAUAGCACCGACGGUGGUAUUUUCCUUAUUCCUGAGACCGCUUCCCCCAUCCGCGUCCUUGGCAAGAAAAACCGAGCAGUUUACGUCGCCUCCCCCAAGAAAUAUGUUGCUCCUCCAGUUCAAAAGAAGACCCCAGCAGUCCAUACAAAGUACACAGCUCCCGCUCCGGCCAAGAAAAUGCACGCGCCUACCAAGAAGGCCCCAGUUGUUAUGUCUUCCAAGUAUGCGCCGGCCACCGUCUCGAAGAAGUACUCGCACGUUGCCCCGUCAAAGAAAUCGCGCCGCCUGGCACCUGUCCCAGAGCAGGUGUCCGAAGAAGAAUCGACUGCAACCUCCAUCUCUGACAACGAGGUCGACGAUGAGGAACGUGAGCUGAAGAAGAGAAGUGGCUACUAUGUGGCGUACUCCCCAGUCGUUGCCACUCCUUACUGCACCGCCGGCUCGUCCUGCGCUCGAUACCUCGCUGAAGAGGAAGACGUGAACGAGGAGACAAUGAACGACGCAGAGGAGGCAGUGUAUGAGCAAAGCGCUGAAGAACGCUCCUUAGGAAAGAAGAACCGGGCGGUCUACGUGGCCCCCGCCCCGAAGAAGUACGUGGCGCCCGCUCCGCAAAAGAAGGUCGCCACUCCGGUGUACCGUGCCGCACCUCUCCACAAGAAGGCCGCCGCGCCUGUUGUUCAGAAGAAGGCCACUGCGCCUGUUGUUCAGAAGAAGGCCGCUGCUUUCCCGUCGAAGAAGUAUCAUCAAGCUGUCACAACAUCCAAGUACACUCCCAUGACUACUCUCAGCAAGAAACGUCGCCUGGCAGCUCAGGAAGAUGUUACUGUUGAGGAGGAGUCAACUGCGACUGAAGCUGAGGUUGAGGAAGAGGAGCGUGACCUGAAGAAACGCGGAACAUACUACUACCCGGUUGCUGCGUACCCUGUUGUCGCCACCCCGUACUGCAGCACUGGUGGCGCUUGCUACUGA